CAGCUGUUCGACCAACGUCGUGAACACACUCCUCGCGCACCAAAAACCAUUCUUCACAUAUCAAACAGGCGGAUCACCUUAGUAACAUAAACAAAUAGCCGCAAAACCAAGUAAAUAAGCAUAUAAAUAUGGAUAACAAGGACAAUCGAUCGAAAGAUAAACGCAGCAACAUGAAAAAAUAUCGCAAGAAACCGCCAACACAACAGAAUAAUAACACCUCGUCCAGCUCACAGGUGGAAAUAGUACGUGGUGUAGUGGAUGUGGCGGAUUCGAGUGAUGAACGUUUCGUUUCACGACGUGGUUGGGCCACAUCACGGCCACAGACGCAAACGCGACGCUAUUCGCUGGACGAUGAAGAGCACGACUUGAACGAAGCGGAGUCGGCACAAAUGCAUGCGGGUGAUUUCGGUUUAAUGUCACAAUUGCCCACAUCUGUGGGUGGACACUUUCAAUUCUCAUCGGAGAAGAAUUGGGACACAGUGGAGGGUGAACAGUUGUUGGACAGCACUGAGGCCAGUCAGUAUUUCACGUUAAAUUUGAAAUUAUUGAAUGUUGGUUUGCAAACGAUACCGUUCUAUAAACGCAUGGAUUAUGCAGCCUCCAUGUUUACGCGUGAACAGUUACAGACAAUGGAGAAAGCGGCAGAAGUAGCCGAGAAAAACUAUCAAAAUGUAUUGCAUGAACAUGUAACGCAUCCACGCAUCAAAAUUAAUAGUGGUAGCCGAAAAAGUGGCUCGGGGCGUUCACAGAAUAGCGCUAAACCGGCUAAUGCGGCACCGAGUGAAACUAAUGCACCAGAUGAAUUGGAUGAGCUGCUGAAUUUGGCUACGGCUGCUGUUACAAAAGUGGAUAUAAGUGGUGGUAGUGGUGCUGGCGCAGAGAAUGAAGCAGCGCCUAUACAGAAAGGAAAUGAGAACGUUGACGCAAAUAAGGAUGAUAUACAGGAGUGGUUAGAUAAUGUGCUGGAGGAGUAAUGCAAAAGUGAGCGUAGUAGAUAGUUGUUUGCAAUCUGGUUAUUAUAGAUGAUUAUUUUAAUAAAUGCGCUGUUAAGAUUUGGAAUUGAAAACGUA